GCGAGCGUCGACCGAGUCCUCUCUUGCUCUUACCCGCGGUGUACCUCUCUUUUUCUCCGCUCGACGCUCGGGUCCAGUACUUCAGUGCGUGCACAGCGGCCGGCCGGCGUGCACAGUCGCUGAUAACGGCACUGCGCUCCCCGGAGGCCGAGCACUCUCUACGCGCGUCGUCGAGUGUCGUCGAGUCGCGUGGCUAUUCGCGAGCGACCGGAUCUCCGACCAGACGGACACGUACGCGUACCGUCGUGCUUGUGCACCGAACGGCGCCGGGCCUCAGGGCCCGGUCGCCCCCCGUUUCCACCCGAACCGACCCCGGGAAGCCACGCGGUCAUGGAGCUCGCGAGCUCGUCCCGGAGACGAGUCGGCCGCGAUCUCUCCCGCACGGGCGUUACCCCUCGGCAGUCGGUCUCGCGUGGUGGUAGUCGUGGCGAGUCGUCGUCGUCGCCGCGCGACGAGAGGCAGUGGUGCCUCCUCGAAUCGACGAAGAGCAAUUUUGCGGCGCAUCCGUUGAGAGAGUCAUCGAGAGACAUCCAGUACCUCGAGGAAUGAAUGAUUUGCGCUUAUCAUCGUUACGAUAUUCUACGGACAUUCAUUACAGCUCUCGUUUGUGACAUCCUCUCGUGUAUUCUGAUUCUUCUUCAGGAAUAAAGCGAAUCGACGCCGCUUUCUCCUUCACUUACUUCGUCGCGAAGCAAUCUUACUUUGUUAUUUUUCUACUUUAAAUCUCUCAACUUUUGCUUUGUUCUCUUUUCUAUCAUAUUCGAUUCAGAUAUUUCACGUUAUAAUUUCUCGUCGAUUCGGUAAACUUCUACCUUCCCUCCCUCUCUCUCUCUCUCUUUCUUUCUUUCUUUUUCAUCUUCUUAUAUUGUUCUGAAAACUUUCAUACCACCAAUCGGUCUCUACGCAUCAUAUAUCCCAAAUUUGAAAUUUGUUUACACACACAUACACGUGAGCAUCGCACAUUCUGAAGUUAUGCAAGUACCCUUUAAAGGGACUUUGAUCCCAAAGUGUGAAAUAUACCGUACUCUUUCCCCUCCUCUCUCUUUCUCUCCCCCUAUCUCAUUCUCUCGCUCUAUCUGUCGCUUCCUAUCGCGCUCGCGUUUUCCCGACCUCUCGGUCGAGCCUCAACGAUCCUCUUUCCACCGGCUCCGUCGUACAGGUGACGCGCAGUGCCGGCAGUGCGCGGCCACGUCGUUGAGAGUGCGGAUCUCCGUUGGAGAUAGAGUAAAACGCGGCCACAGGCGUCGAGCGGCCGGCCGCCGCCAGUCGCGGCGACGUGAGUCGUCGUGCGAGGGUGGUGCGAAAUAGAGAGUGCGUGCGCGGGGUUAGUGUGCGUCGGAGGGGACGCGAUGACGUGAGGAGGAGGUAGCGCGCGAAAGGAAGAGGAAGGAGCAAAGGUGGCGGCGGAGAAGGAAGGAAGAGGAGGAAGUGGAGGUGGAAGAAUAGAAGUAGAAGACGAGGCAGAGGGCGAGGAGGAAGAAGAAGAAGAAAAAGAAGAGAAGAAAGCGUGCGACGCGAUUCCCGCGACAUCGUGAGCGAGAGAGAGAGGUGCACAGCGCAACGAGGCAGAGACGAAGGCGCGAAACUGGCGGCCCAAGCACGUGACAGCGGCUCCCGCGGGACUCGGACCCGCCGCCGACCCAAUGGCGACUCGCUUUCCAGCCGUGGCAGCGCCACGGGGAUGCAGUGCGGCCUGUGCGCCGUCGUCGCCGGCUUGUUCCGUCGUGCCAUGUGCAUCGCGGGCAGCCGACGCGGCUCCGGGGAGUCUUGUUACCAGGAGCUGGCGACCGAUGUGCAGGGGAGAAGACACUCGCAGAUGCUGGUGGAGGAACACACGGAGACCGAGCUCGUCAAAGCGAGCGAGAGCCUCGCGGAGAGAGUGAGAGACGUCGUCGUUCAGCCGCACGAGAGGCGGACUGCCGAGAUAACGGUGGACAGCGAGGAACAGAACGCGGUGUUCGUGCGUAUCUCCGAUAGCAGCUUAUUUCGUAAUUCCGGCACAUCGGCGGCCACAUUACCGGAGGCACGUGAUGAAUCCACGACGGAAGAAGCUGCGUUCAGACGUUUAUCGGACGCGGAGCGAAUCCUGCUGGAGAGCCUGGACGUCGGUCGAUGCAGGCCCAGGCACACGGGUCGAUUCCUGACGAUGCACAAGAGACGGCGUAAGAGGCUUACCACGAGAUCCUUGAAUCAGGAGCCCGGUAUCCUGGACGACAUCUUCCACGGACUAGUGCAGUGCGUAUUACAAAGGGCCGGAAACUGGCGAUUUAAUGCUUUCACGCUGGAAACGGUCACGGGCGGUCGUUCCCUGCCGGUGCUGUGUGUCCAUCUCUUUCACUGGUACGGGCUGCUACGACACUUCAACUUGGACGUCGUAACCGUGUGGAAGUUAUUCGCUUUUAUCGAGGAGGGUUAUCAUAGUACAAAUCCUUACCACAACAGUAUACACGCGACGGACGUCACUCAGGCGAUGCAUUGCUUCCUCCAAGAAAAGAAGAUUAAGACACACCUAACCAGUCUCGAGAUUAUGGCUUCCUUAAUAGCGGCUGUAACGCACGACCUGGACCAUCCGGGCGUCAAUCAGCCGUUCCUGGUAGCGACGAGCAAUCAUUUGGCCGCGCUCUACCAGAACACAUCUGUCCUCGAGAAUCACCACUGGAGGUCGGCCAUAGGAUGCCUCCUGGAGAGCGGCGUCUCGGCGCAGCUGUCGGCCGACGUUAGGCCGGAACUUCAGCGGCAUAUCAGCUCGUUGAUCCUGGCGACGGAUAUCACCAGGCAACAGGAGUUCCUCACGCGUUUCAGGGAUUACCUGAGCAACAACACGCUCGAGAUGAAGCGCGCGGAGGAUCGCCACUUCAUCCUGCAGAUCGCCCUUAAGUGCGCCGAUAUCUCCAACCCGUGCCGGCCAUGGGACAUAUCCAGGAAGUGGUCCUACAAGGUGUGCGAGGAGUUCUUCAGACAGGGUGAUUACGAGCGCCGGCUGAACCUGCCGGUGACGCCGCUGUGCGACCGACACACCACCAGCAUCCCGAAGAUACAGGCCGGCUUCUUCAAGCACGUAGUCACGCCGCUCUACGUGGAGUGGCACCGUUUCCUCGGCGACGGGCUGAGCGUCUCGCUGAUGGAGUAUUUGAAGGCGAACCAGAAGAAGUGGGAGGCGUUGAUCACGCAGGAAGCGACCGAGGAGACCGAGACGGAGAUUUCCGAGCUGGACGAGCCCGAGGGAGGCGUUAGCUCGGGCGAGGAGACGGGCGCCGACGAGGAUUCCGGCAGCAUCGAUCUGCUGAUACCGGCGGCGUACGUGCAGACGUCGCGGAUGCCGACGUUGCCGGGUCGAGUCGGCCUCGAUCGCGUCGGCAGGCGUCACUCCGUACCGCUGAGCGUCUCCAAACCGUUGAGCCUCCUACCGCCGAGGCAAGCCGCCAGGAGGGAGAGCCUGCCGAGCGAACACGUCAAGUCGAAGAACACCCUGCUGAAGUUGGAGGAUCAAGGCCUCCUCGUAGGGCCGAGCUCGUUGUCCCUGUUGUCCUCGAAGAGCAGCGUCGGCGGAUCGUCCAACGUGAGCGCCACCGAGAGGCCGGUGAGCGCGGAGAAUCUCCUGCCGGAGACGAGCAUAGCCAGUAUCACCAGCAGCACCGAAGCCUCGAGGCUGAGCUCGGUUUUGCAGUCGGCGGAGCCCGGCGUGCUGCAGACGAAGCAGCUCACGCGACAGCAGACCUUCCCGCCGCUGCAGCCGUACGCGAGAACGAGGUACAUGUCCGCCACCGCGGAGAUGUCGCAGUGCUACACUCAGAUCCUGAUGGAGGCCGACAGCUCGUCCGGCUGCUCGACACCGACGAAGGAGGAGAAGUCCUGCUCGAGCGGCGGCCAGUGCUGCUCACCGUCUACCGGCCACCCGAGCCGGCAGUCCUCCAACGUGCUGCCGCCGAGACUCUCGAAGGAGCUGCUGGACCUGCCCACCAAGAGACGGGGCUCGACCCUGUCGGACACGAUCAAGCAGAAGUACGACUUUGCGCACAGCUCGGAGCAACGGCGCCAUUCCAUGCAGACCAUCCGCCCGGACGACUCCUUCUCCAAGCAUCGCCACAAAAGGCCUUCCUCCGCUCAAGACGCCGAGUCCACGCGAAUGUUCUACGCGACGUUAACCGGCGGCAGCGGCUCACCUCACGGCGACAAGGACAACACGUCCGUCGCCGAAUGUAAAACUCACUCGGGCUGUAACGUCGAGCUCAAGUGUAGUAGUAACAGCGGUAGUGGUAGUAAUCGCGGUGGUGUGAAGUUGACGAUGCACGAGUCGCGGACUACGUUGUCGUCCAAGAGGUCGGACCAGUGCGCUUCGUCGGCUAAGAGUGCCGAUCAAGAGUCGCGGAGAUACUCGACCCCGGUCGCAGAGUGUAGAACGGUCAGCGCGGCCGACAGCGCAGGUAGACGAUUCACCGCGAUACCGGUGUCCUCUGAGCUUAGCACUCACAAAGUGUUCUUUAUCGGUAGUCCUCCCGAUUCGCCGCCUCGUAAUCAUAGUGUGUCUUCGUCGAGUGACAGUGGUGGUGAGGCGAGACGAAGUGUCGGUGGUGAUUCGAAUAGCGAGGCCGUCGCGAUCGGCAGUAAGAGGGAGUCGGACGGCACGAAGGAGAAGAGCUCGAAGAUGGCGAGGUUGAGCCCCGACGCGCAGAUGAAGGAGAACGUCGAUCCGCGCGCCUGCGACGAGUCCAAAGCGUCAACCUUGUCCCGCAGGGGCAGUCAGGGGUGGGCGAGAAGACGCGGAUCAGCUCCGGUUGGCCUUUUAUCGAGAUUGGACGACUUUGCUCCAACUCCCGUUCCUGCCAAAGUCGAUCAUAAUUGUAGACGCGGAUCUGUACCGACUGAUAUCACUAAACAUCAAGGUGGAGGUUCCAACCGGCUCGCUUUAGGACCUCGUGGAGAUAAUUUUUCGGCCCUAAGAAGAGCUAGUCUUCCGCAAGAAGCUGCGCUGGGAAAUCUUGUGGGAAACGUCCUUAGUGUAACCAGCGAGCGCGAGAAUUUCCCGAUGAACAACAACAACAAUAACAACAACACCACCGGUGGCAGCAGCAACAACAACGGCAUCAGCAGACUGUUCGACAGCACCGUUUCCGGGAUGCUGUCGCCGAGACGGGGGUCGGUGCCAGCAGACAUAUCCGAGUUACGCCGCGAUCUGUUCAGUAGAAAUAGCAUUAAUAACAAGCCGCGAAACCGCAAAAAAAUCUUGAGGAGACGCAGCAGCGGAGGCCCGGAAAUGUUCACCGGCGCGUCCACCGACGGGAACGAGAACGGCACGUGGCUCAAGUGGAAGAGGGAGGUGGGAAAACGCGAGGCUGUUCCCCCCGAGCCGCUAGUCAAGCGAAGAGGAUCCCUGCCCAUUGAGAUGGUGGCUGUCUCACAUGCUGGAUCAACAUCGGCACCACGUAGAUCUAGCUUGUGGCGGCUUUAACGUGCUCUGGAAAUAUGUGGACCGUCCAUACUAUCAGCGGUUAACGUCGAAUCGAGCGCUACUGCGACGACAGUCUUUCCUCGAAUCAUCAGCAGUAACGUCAAAGUAGCAGCAGCAGCAGCGACGAUUGAUCACCGAAUUUCAAGAUUGCCAAUGCUGAAAACUUUCUCCCGUCGAUUGCGAACGUGAGCGAGUGAAUAAUUGUAUAAUUACGUUUUCGAUCAUUUUCAAUGUUAGAAACGUUAUGAAGAACGAUAAACCAAUUGUAGUAGUGAUUUGCACUCCGAACCGCGCGGGAUCUUUUUAACAAAAUAACGUCUCGAUACAAUCGCGAAUACCCUUGCGUAUUCUUGCCUGUGCUAUAGACAAAUCGAAAAUUAGUCGACGGGUUUAGUUUUUUUUCUCUUUUUCGGUUCAUUUAUCGGCGUCACGCGGCAUUACAUACGGAUUUUACAUUGCGUGGUUAUCGGCAUAUCGUGCAUCGAGAUGUUAUAGAGAUCGCAUAGUCAAUAUAUAUAAAUCCAGUAAAGGGAAUAUAUAAGCAUCGUAAUUCUAAAGUCUUCCUCGUGCAAUCCGCGCAACCGCGCGCGGAAGAGGUUAAAAGGAGACUCGCCUGAGUGAAAGGCGUUACAUUUAAUUGUGCCAUGUACACGAGAGAGAGAGAGAGAGAGCGUUGUUCGAAAUGUGACACUUUGAUGAAAUAUAAAGCCUAGUACAGUAAUGGCUCAAGGUAAACUGGGUAACCGAGUUCAUUAAGAAACAAAGGAACGAAAAUGAGAGGGGAAGAGAAAAAUGAGAGAGAGAGAGAAAGAGAGAAAUACAGUCACACAGGGUUCAAUGACUUUUUAAAUAAUAAAAAUGCCUAGGAAUGGAGAAGGAAAACAAGACUGGUAGAGAGGACAUUCGCCGUUAUAGAUCUAGACGUAAAAAAGAAAAAUGGAGAGAGAGAGAGAGAGAGAGAGAGAGAGAGAGAGAGAGAGAGACGUAGAUCGAACAAAACGAAACGACAUUUGCUCAUAGAUAAGGAAAUUUCGAUUUUUUCGAGAGACUCACGGCAAGAUAGCGUAACUUGCAGCAGGUCAUCGAUCAGCGAGAAUCGCAGUACACGCCAUUCGUGUUGAAUUUAAUAAGUUAGCCCUGGCGUAUGUUUCCCCCGUAAUAUUUAUAUUCGCAGACGUUUUGCAUCAAAUAAUGUGUAAAUAACGAGGGCUCGAAUCGGCGAGUUUCAUUGUAUUUUUUAAAUUGGAAGUGAUAAUACGAGAUAACAAAAGCUACCGUAGCUGGCUCUAGAACGGAUAUUAUACUCAAUUCGGAAAGAUGGUUUUUCAUCCCGUCGGUAUAUCUCAUCGGUUACGUUGAAACACUUAAGCAUUCCAUGAGGAAAAAAACAACAGAUAGCAUACAGUAUGUGUGUAAGAUAGGAGAACGAGUUAAUAAUAACAAUAAUAAUAACAUUAACCUUAAUAAUAAUAAUAAUAAUAAUAAUAGAGGAGUACAUGAAGUGGAAUAUCGACGGGCUGCGUCAACUCGGCCGUGGCACUCGCGAAAUGAUGUGCACCUGUAUAUAGAUGCAUUCAUCUAAAAGCGUUUACACCCUUGUACCGCGCUUGUGCCUCUCACGUCAUCAGGGAGAGCGGGGUCUAGCGAGGAAUCUGGAGUGUCCGCAUAACAGAGUGGUUCUGCUGGAUGUUGCGUGCGUAAACGUCUUCAGGAGCCCUUCCAGCAAUUUUGUGCAUGAGCACGAAAUUGUGCGGGAAAUGGCGUUUCUCCUCCUCUUCCUAAAGGAUCCUCCCGAAGGAGGAGAAGAAACGGAACGAGCACGUGGAUGAUUUUCCGUAUGAAUUCGGCACGCUACACCGGUGGACCGGCUCGUUAAGCUCAUGGUCAUUAUCAUUGACGCACUCGGCGGUGUGCGAUCAACGCUGCCUUCCGCGCUGAACACUUCAUCUACCGUUCGUGAAUGAAACGGAGCUUAUCGAAUAAGCUUCCGGCCGGUGAAACGUUAAGACAGACUUUCUGUUCCGGGUGAGAAAACGAAAACGGCCGGAAGGCAGUGAUUCUCGGGUCCGUGCGUUCGCAUACAUAACAAUAAUAAAAGUAAUAGUAAUAAUACUAAGAAUAAUAACGAUGAUAGCAACAAUAAAAUUGUAAUUAUUACUUUUGUCAUCGAUAUCGUUCGCUCUCACCCCGUCGUUCGAUUCCGAUAAUUCAUAACUGUCAACAUCGUGUGUCAUCGUCAUCAUUAUCAUCGAUUGUCGUCGGUAUCGUCAUUAUCAUUAAUGUAUCAUCGUCAUCAUUGUCGUUGUUGUUAUAGUUAUAAACAAUGUUCAAGUAAAUGGACGUUUUACGAUUAGGCUAUAGCGAUAUGUGCGGUUCGUCUUGUGAAGUUAAUUAGUUAGCGAGGGAGGCGCGUUGUUUAAUUACAACUAUUAUUUAUUAUAUACCCGACGGUUGCGACGUAUAGGUUUAUGGUACGUGAACUGAAAAACAAAUCAAAAGGUACAAGGUGCCGUGACGUAUAAUCUCUAACAAAAAGAAAAAAAAAAAAGACGAAGAAGACGAAGAAGUUGCGUUAUCGCGAACAUAUUUUCAAUACAGAUAUUAUUAAACUGCCCUUGCCGUAAAUACGACAGCCAAUGCGGAUUCGCGAGAUAUACCAUCCUUGUACGUUAUUAAAACUAUCGACCGGGGAGAUAGAGCAAGUUUUGAUAACACCGUUGUUUUACAUUCGAAGAAAAAAAAAAAGCACGCGAGGAGGAGCGGCGAACUCUGGACCUCUGUCGUUAAAGAACAAAGCUGACGGUUUACUUCACGUACUGCUGUAACCUGUCGUCUCACAGACUGUCCGAAAGUAAAACAAAUAAUAUUAACUAAGUCAUUAGAGAGACGCAAGAUGAAAGGAUGAAAAAGUAUCGAUUACAUAAGUUUUACGCUUAAUCAAAAAAAAUAAUAAUAAUCAUUAAUAUAUCUAUGUCGACAUUAUUAGGUAGAUUGUCCCAUUUUUAAGGGUGAAUAUUUGCGAACGCUAGCGAUCUUCCUCUCACCGACUUUUCCAAACUCUCUCGAUUCAGCAGUUGCCAGCGCUUUAUAUGUAUUUCAUCACUUUUUCCGAAACAGAACCGACUUACUGGACGACUACGACGACGACAGAAACAACCACCACAACAAUACAACGACGACGACGACGUCGCGUCACUUUAAAGUAACAUUUUUCCUACGACUACAACACACCCGAAACCCGAGUAAUUAACGUUUCUUAAUACGGUAUCUGUACGGCACGCGCGGCGGUUACACAACCAGCGCGACAAUGAAACAUUGUACAAGUACGUUAAUAUAUUUAGGUAGCGUGAAAUUUCCUAGUCUUUCGAGUCCAUUAAGAGAAUGUGUGUAUAUACAUAUUAUAACGAUGCGCGAACUUAGACGAUAUAUACCACGGAAAACACUCGGAGCGGAAGGAAGUCGAAGAAGUUUACUACAAUGAUGACAAAUUUAUUUAAAUAACACAACUUCUCUUAAGAAACUCUUUACCCUUACCAAGACAGACCAAUCAAAUGGGACUAAACGAGAAACUCUUUGUGAAAGCCGUAAUUGACUUAAGCUUGCCUGACGAAGUAAAUAUGAUGGAUUCUCAGUACUUCUAUACACAUGACCAUACUGUCCAAUCACUUUUUGAGGAAUUUAUUGCACCUAUAGAUAUACAUGUUCCCUUUUUAUCAUAAUUCCGAUUCCCCUCACCAUCCACAUCGCCAAUCAUAACUACCACCACCUCCCAGCACCUCCUCCUUGCUCCACUAAAGGCUUAAUCGAUGUUCUUUGACGAAAAAGGAAAAAAAAAAA